UUCCUGCGCUGAGCUCCAGAGAGCAGGAGGCAAAUUAAACCUUUAAACCUCCGCCUGGAGACGGGAGAGCAUGAGAUAAACACCAACAUCUGUGAAGAUCUCACUUCUAUCAGAAUGAAGUAAACCUUCGUUGAGGAGGUUGGUGGAAUACAGAAUUCAGCUUUCUUCACACAAACAGAGGUUUGGGAACAAAAGAUCAUCUCAAGAUGCCGGCUCAGGAAAAUGGCCAAGCUAAAGGGGCAGUGGCUGGAGUGUUUCUCCAACAAUCAAAUGAGACUAUUACUGUAUACCAAGCCUUUAAAAAACGACUUCUAAAACCAGGAACAUGUCUGGCCCUCCUAGAAGCUCAAGCUGCAACUGAGGGGAUUAUUGACCCCAUUAGCAACAGGAAACUCUCAGUUGAAGAUGCUGUUAAAGAGGGAAUUGUGGGACCAGAGAUGAAGGAGAAACUGCAGUUUGCAGAAAAGGCGAGAAAAGGCUUUUCUCCUUACAAUCCACCACUUUCCUUAUUCCAGGCAAUUCAGAAAUCUGUGAUUCCCGAAGAAUACGGGCUCAGAUUGCUCGAAGCCCAGAUCUCAACUACAGGUGUUUACGACCCUGUUGAGAAAUGUUAUCUUACAGAAAAGGAAGCCUGCGAGAGAGGACACUGUGAGAAAGGUAUCUUCACAGACCAAAUGGACGCAUUGAAAGUCUUCUACGAUCCAAACUCUCAGGAAAAGCUCUCCUAUGCACUUCUGAUGGAGAAAUGUAUCGUGAGUUCACAAACCGGCCUGCUACUCCUCCCACUGUACAUCACGUUCAAAGGUCUUCGUAGGGGAGUGACGUCCAACGAGCUACUGGCGUCCAAAAUCAUUGACCAAAAAACCUUUACUGACCUACAGGAAGGAAAGACCACAACAAAGCAUGUGAUGCUCUUGGAGACAGUUAAGGAGUAUCUGGAGGGGACAGGAAGCAUCGGGGGAGUGGCAGUGCUCUCCUCCAAUAAGAAAAUGAGCAUCUAUCAGGCAAUGAGACAGGGGAUAAUCAUGCCUGGAACAGCAUUGGUGCUACUCGAGGCACAGGCAGCCACUGGCUUCAUGAUAGAUCCUGUUCAAAACCAAAAGUUCAGCGUUGACGAUGCCCUCAAAAAUAGGCUUGUGGGACCAGACUACUAUGCAAAGUUGCUCGCAGCAGAACGCGCCGUUACGGGAUACAAGGAUCCGUAUACUGGAAACACAAUUUCACUGUUUCAGGCUCUAUCCAAAGAUCUGAUUGUGAAAGAACACGGCAUCCGUUUGCUCGAAGCUCAGAUUGCCACAGGUGGAGUCAUUGAUCCAAUCAACAGCCAUCGACUUCCUGUAGAAGUUGCAUACAACCGAGGCUUCUUCGAUAAAGAGAUGAAUGCAAUCCUAGAAGAUUCUGGAGAUGAUACCAAAGGGUUCUUUGAUCCAAACACAAAAGAAAACCUUACGUAUCUGCAACUGAUGAAUCGUUGUGUCAUUGAUCCUUCAACAGGCCUGACAUUACUGCCUCUGUACGAAGCGACUGGUGGACAAAAUGCUGAACACAGCUUCAUCGACUACAAAAUCAAACUAGCCUUCAGAAAUCAUAUGGUUAAAGUGACAGGCGGAAAGUACAAAGGAAUGACCGUUUCCCUUUGGGAGCUGCUGAUGUCCGAAUACUUCACAGAAACACAAAGGCAAGAUAUGUUCCAGCGUUACAAAACAGGAAGCCAUACAAUCGAGACAAUAACUACCCAUGUCCUAGAGAUCAUUGAACGUUCACAGAAAACAACCACUCCAGUUUUUGAAGGCAUCAGAGUAGGAGUCACUCCAGAUCAGCUGGCUGAUGCUGACAUCAUUUCUAAGAAUGACGCGGAUAAAUUAAAAAAAGGGGAGAUAACUGUAGAGGACAUCAAAGAGGAUGAAUCAGUUAAAAUAUACCUACAAGGGAAAACAAGCAUUGCAGGGGUCAUGCUUCCUGACUCUCAAAUUAUGUCGAUUUACCAGGCCAGACGAAAAGGGUUGCUAAGGCCAGGAACAUCACUUAUCCUACUGGAAGCACAAGCAGCAACAGGAUUCAUCAUUGAUCCAAUUGCUAAUGCUAAAUUUUCAGUUGAUGAAGCCGUAAAGGCUAAAGUUGUGGGGCCUGACCUUCAUGCAAAACUUCUAUCAGCUGAAAAAGCCGUGACCGGCUAUAAAGACCCUCAUACCAACAAAACCAUAUCUUUGUUCCAGGCAAUGCAGAAAGAGCUGAUCGUGAAAGAUCACGGGAUUCGUCUGCUGGAAGCUCAGAUUGCCACUGGGGGCAUAGUUGACCCAGUAAACAGUCAUCGAAUUCCAGUCCAUAUAGCCUACAAAAAAGGAUACUUCGAUGUCCAAAUGAACCAGAUUCUGAGUGAUCCGACAGAUGACACCAAAGGUUUCUUUGACCCAAACACUCACGAAAACCUGACAUAUCUGCAACUCAUGAACAGAUGCGUCAUCGACCACAGCACUGGCCUUCGCCUUUUGCCAAUCAAAGGGAAAGACAACAAAGUCAAAAUACAAGACAACCUCAAAGAAACAUUUCAAGCCAAGCAAGUCACUGUGAGGUACGGCAGGUUCAGGAACAAGAAUGUCACACUCUGGGAUCUCUUCAACUCUGAAUAUUUAUCAGAACAGAAGAGACUUGAGCUGACACAAGGCUUCAGAUCAAGGACACUGACAGUUGAGAAAAUCACUACGAUAAUUCUGGAAAUUAUUGAGAACAAGGACGUUCUAAGAAAUGCUGAUCUCUACAUUAAGGGACUUCGGAAGAAUGUCUCUGUGUUGGACCUUCUGAAAAUGAACAUCCUGGAUGAAAAAUCAUACAGAAAAUUGCUUGAAGGAGAACUGUCACUCAAAGAUAUUCUUCAGAUGGAGUCGGUGAAAAAUGCUGUUGAGGGAUCCAGCCCCAUUGCAGGUGUGAUUUUGCAAACAUCUGGCCAGAAAAUGAGCCUAUAUGAGGCCAAGAGAAAAGGCCUGCUUACCCCUGGUACUGCUUUAUGUCUCCUGGAAGCACAGGCCGCCACUGGCUUUAUGGUAGAUCCAAUUCGCAACCAAAAACUCACUGUUGAAGAGUCCUUACAACACAAAUUAAUUGGGCCAGAGUUGCAUGAGAAGCUCCUGAGCGCUGAAGGAGCAGUAACUGGUUACAAGGAUCCUUAUACUGGUGAAAACUUAUCCUUAUUUCAAGCCAUGAAGAAGGAUCUCAUUGUGCGCCAGCAUGGAAUUCGCUUGCUUGAAGCCCAAAUUGCCACAGGUGGCAUAAUUGAUCCCUUGCUAAGUGUGCAUCUGCCUCUUGAAGUUGCCUACAAAAAGGGCUACUUUGAUGCAGACAUCAAUCAGAUCUUGUUAGACCCAAGUGAUGACACCAAAGGCUUUUUUGACCCCAACACAACAGAGAACCUAACUUACAUGGAGAUGACAAAAAGAUGCAUCAAAGAUUCAGAAACCGGACUUCUUCUGUUUCCACUGACUGGAAAAGGGAAAACACAAGAGCAACCUGUGAAAAUUCUUUCUGAUGCAGAAAUAAAGAAGGCCUUUGAGAAGCAAACAGCUACAGUCCCGCUUGGUCGCUUCUCUGGACAUUCUUAUUCGCUAUGGGAACUGAUCAAUUCUGAGUACUUUACUGAUGAGCAAAGGCAGAAUUUCAUGGAACAAUACAGAUCAAAGGCAGUGAUUCAGGAUAUUCUCAAUAUAGUUCUUACAACUAUUACAGAACUCGAAAAGAGAGACGUGAUUCUUCAGCAAACAAUGGGAAUAAGAAAACCUGUAACUGUGCAACAGCUGUUUGAUAAUGGAAUCAUAGAUGCCACCACUUUCCAAAAUUUGCAGGAUGGUAAAACUACUUUUGAACAAGUCUUACAACGUGAUUCAGUACAGCGCUGUUUAAAAAGCACCGGAAGCAUUGCUGGAGUGCAAAUUUCUCCUUCUCAGAAUGUGCUCAGUAUAUACGAAGCCAAAACAAAGGGACUGCUCAGUCCUGAAAUGGCACUGAUAUUGCUUGAAGCUCAAGCAGCCACAGGCUUUGUCAUUGAUCCUCUAAAAAACAGGUAUCUCUCUGUUGAAGAUGCAACCAAAGAACAAGUCAUUGGACCAGAUCUACUUGAGCACUUGCUUCUAGCUGAGCAAGCUGUUACAGGAUUUACAGAUCCAUAUACAGGGGAAGAGCUAUGCCUGUUUGAAGCUAUGAAAAAAGAACUUAUUCCCAGAAACCACGGACUACGACUCCUGGAGGCACAGACAGCUACAGGAGGAGGAAUCAUUGAUCCUGUUCUCAGCCUUUGGCUGCCUAGUAGUCAAGCCAUGAAACGAGGAUGCUUGGAUGAGGAGACCUAUCAGCUUCUAACCAAGCCUGAUGAAAAAACAAAAUGGUAUACAGAUCCAAUCUCAAAAGAAAAUCUCAGUUACCAUCAGAUAAGGGAGAAGUGUGGAAAAUCAAGCACAGGCCUUCUGCUUUUGACUGUUCCUGAGAAAAACGAAAGGUCUGAAUUCACUGACGAGCAAGUGAAGGCAGUGUUCAAAGGGAAGUCCCUAAUAAACAUCGGAGGGAAGUUUGAAGGAAUGCGAAUAUCACUGUGGGAUGUACUAAUGUCAGACUAUAUUACAGCACAGAAAAGACAACGACUAAUUGAACAGUACAAGACAGGGAAAUUAACAUUGGAAGAAAUCGCACAAAUGGUUAAGGCAGUAAUAAGUGAAGCAAUAACAAAGAGACAUUCCUUCAAAGGUCUCAGAAGACAAGUGUCAGCAAGUCAGCUUUUUGAAGCCAAAAUUAUAUCACAAGAGGUGCUAAAUCAGAUUAUCGAUGAUGAAGUGACAGAUGAAGACAUCAAUCAAACUGAAUCCAUUCAAAAUUACCUUGGUGGAACAAACUGCAUUGCUGGGGUGAGAGUUGAGGCAACAAAGCAAAUUCUCAGCAUAUAUGAAGCUAAAAGCAAAGGACUUCUGACUCCUGGAACCUCACUGGUCUUACUGGAGGCUCAGGCUGCUACUGGAUUCAUGAUCGAUCCAGUAAAGAACAAGAAACUUUCAGUGGAGGAAGCAGUGGCUGAAGGAGUUGUAGGAUCUGAAUGGAAGAACAAGCUUCUGUCUGCAGAGAAGGCAGUCACUGGCUACACUGAUCCUCACACUGGAAACAUUAUCUCACUCUUCCAGGCCUUGAAGAAAGAUCUCAUAGUCAAGGAUCACGGCAUUCGUCUUCUGGAAGCCCAGAUUGCCACUGGGGGAAUCAUUGAUCCAGUAAACAGUCAUCGUGUGCCUGUGGAAGUGGCCUAUCAGAGAGGAUACUUUGACGAGGAAAUGAACCAGAUCCUUGAAGACCCAACUGAUGACACCAAGGGCUUCUUUGAUCCAAACACCCAAGAAAAUCUUACGUACUUGCAGCUCAUUGAGAGAUGUGUUAAAGAUCCAGAGACAGGAUUAAGCCUGCUUGUAAUUGCCAAGAAAGGAGAGUUUUACUUCUUCAUUGAUGAGCGUACGAAGAAAAUCCUGAAAACCACGAUGACAAACAAGGCAGGAGGUAAAUUCCAGGGACAAACUGUAUCCCUCUGGGAUCUCUUACACUCUAAAUACAUCACAGAGGAGACAAGAAGAGACCUGGUCCAGCAGUUUAAGUCUGGUAAAAUCACAAUUGAAAGUUUCUUGGAGCAGAUUCUGACAAUUAUCAAGCAGAAGACAACUACUACCACAGAAACCAUCACCAGCACUACCACGACAACCACCACAACAGAAAUGACAGAAACCUUCUUUCCAGGUAUCAAGAAGCAGGUCUCUGCCCAGGAAAUGAUCAAAGCUAAAAUCCUAGACAGCAAAGUUUAUGAAGACUUUAAAGCAGGAAAGCUCACAAAAGAUGACAUCUGCGACAUGGACUCUGUGCGAAGGUACCUGCAAGGAACCAACUGUAUUUCUGGAGUGUUUGUGCAGUCCACCAAACAGACCAUGAGUAUCUAUGAUGCCAAGUCCAAGGGACUUCUGACUCCUGGAACCUCACUGGUCUUACUGGAGGCUCAGGCUGCUACUGGAUUCAUGAUCGAUCCAGUAAAGAACAAGAAACUUUCAGUGGAGGAAGCAGUGGCUGAAGGAGUUGUAGGAUCUGAAUGGAAGAACAAGCUUCUGUCUGCAGAGAAGGCAGUCACUGGCUACACUGAUCCUCACACUGGAAACAUUAUCUCACUCUUCCAGGCCUUGAAGAAAGAUCUCAUAGUCAAGGAUCACGGCAUUCGUCUUCUGGAAGCCCAGAUUGCCACUGGAGGAAUCAUUGAUCCAGUGUACAGUCAUCGUGUGCCUGUGGAAGUGGCCUAUCAGAGAGGAUACUUUGACGAGGAAAUGAACCAGAUCCUUGAAGACCCAACUGAUGACACCAAGGGCUUCUUUGAUCCAAACACCCAAGAAAAUCUUACGUACUUGCAGCUCAUUGAGAGAUGUGUUAAAGAUCCAGAGACAGGAUUAAGCCUGCUUGUAAUUGCCAAGAAAGGAGAGUUUUACUUCUUCAUUGAUGAGCGUACGAAGAAAAUCCUGAAAACCACGAUGACAAACAAGGCAGGAGGUAAAUUCCAGGGACAAACCGUAUCCCUCUGGGAUCUCUUACACUCUAAAUACAUCACAGAGGAGACAAGAAGAGACCUGGUCCAGCAGUUUAAGUCUGGUAAAAUCACAAUUGAAAGUUUCUUGGAGCAGAUUCUGACAAUUAUCAAGCAGAAGACAACUACUACCACAGAAACCAUCACCAGCACUACCACGACAACCACCACAACAGAAAUGACAGAAACCUUCUUUCCAGGUAUCAAGAAGCAAGUCUCUGCCCAGGAAAUGAUCAAAGCUAAAAUCCUAGACAGCAAAGUUUAUGAAGACUUUAAAGCAGGAAAGCUCACAAAAGAUGACAUCUGCGACAUGGACUCUGUGCGAAGGUACCUGCAAGGAACCAACUGUAUUUCUGGAGUGUUUGUGCAGUCCACCAAACAGACCAUGAGUAUCUAUGAUGCCAAGUCCAAGGGACUUCUGACUCCUGGAACCUCACUGGUCUUACUGGAGGCUCAGGCUGCUACUGGAUUCAUGAUCGAUCCAGUAAAGAACAAGAAACUUUCAGUGCAGGAAGCAGUGGCUGAAGGAGUUGUAGGAUCUGAAUGGAAGAACAAGCUUCUGUCUGCAGAGAAGGCAGUCACUGGCUACACUGAUCCUCACACUGGAAACAUUAUCUCACUCUUCCAGGCCUUGAAGAAAGAUCUCAUAGUCAAGGAUCACGGCAUUCGUCUUCUGGAAGCCCAGAUUGCCACUGGAGGAAUCAUUGAUCCGGUGUACAGUCAUCGUGUGCCUGUGGAAGUGGCCUAUCAGAGAGGAUACUUUGACGAGGAAAUGAACCAGAUCCUUGAAGACCCAACUGAUGACACCAAGGGCUUCUUUGAUCCAAACACCCAAGAAAAUCUUACGUACUUGCAGCUCAUUGAGAGAUGUGUUAAAGAUCCAGAGACAGGAUUAAGCCUGCUUGUAAUUGCCAAGAAAGGAGAGUUUUACUUCUUCAUUGAUGAGCGUACGAAGAAAAUCCUGAAAACCACGAUGACAAACAAGGCAGGAGGUAAAUUCCAGGGACAAACCGUAUCCCUCUGGGAUCUCUUACACUCUAAAUACAUCACAGAGGAGACAAGAAGAGACCUGGUCCAGCAGUUUAAGUCUGGUAAAAUCACAAUUGAAAGUUUCUUGGAGCAGAUUCUGACAAUUAUCAAGCAGAAGACAACUACUACCACAGAAACCAUCACCAGCACUACCACGACAACCACUACAACAGAAAUGACAGAAACCUUCUUUCCAGGUAUCAAGAAGCAAGUCUCUGCCCAGGAAAUGAUCAAAGCUAAAAUCCUAGACAGCAAAGUUUAUGAAGACUUUAAAGCAGGAAAGCUCACAAAAGAUGACAUCUGCGACAUGGACUCUGUGCGAAGGUACCUGCAAGGAACCAACUGUAUUUCUGGAGUGUUUGUGCAGUCCACCAAACAGACCAUGAGUAUCUAUGAUGCCAAGUCCAAGGGACUUCUGACUCCUGGAACCUCACUGGUCUUACUGGAGGCCCAGGCUGCUACUGGAUUCAUGAUCGAUCCAGUAAAGAACAAGAAACUUUCAGUGGAGGAAGCAGUGGCUGAAGGAGUUGUAGGAUCUGAAUGGAAGAACAAGCUUCUGUCUGCAGAGAAGGCAGUCACUGGCUACACUGAUCCUCACACUGGAAACAUUAUCUCACUCUUCCAGGCCUUGAAGAAAGAUCUCAUAGUCAAGGAUCACGGCAUUCGUCUUCUGGAAGCCCAGAUUGCCACUGGAGGAAUCAUUGAUCCAGUGUACAGUCAUCGUGUGCCUGUGGAAGUGGCCUAUCAGAGAGGAUACUUUGACGAGGAAAUGAACCAGAUCCUUGAAGACCCAACUGAUGACACCAAGGGCUUCUUUGAUCCAAACACCCAAGAAAAUCUUACGUACUUGCAGCUCAUUGAGAGAUGUGUUAAAGAUCCAGAGACAGGAUUAAGCCUGCUUGUAAUUGCCAAGAAAGGAGAGUUUUACUUCUUCAUUGAUGAGCGUACGAAGAAAAUCCUGAAAACCACGAUGACAAACAAGGCAGGAGGUAAAUUCCAGGGACAAACCGUAUCCCUCUGGGAUCUCUUACACUCUAAAUACAUCACAGAGGAGACAAGAAGAGACCUGGUCCAGCAGUUUAAGUCUGGUAAAAUCACAAUUGAAAGUUUCUUGGAGCAGAUUCUGACAAUUAUCAAGCAGAAGACAACUACUACCACAGAAACCAUCACCAGCACUACCACGACAACCACCACAACAGAAAUGACAGAAACCUUCUUUCCAGGUAUCAAGAAGCAAGUCUCUGCCCAGGAAAUGAUCAAAGCUAAAAUCCUAGACAGCAAAGUUUAUGAAGACUUUAAAGCAGGAAAGCUCACAAAAGAUGACAUCUGCGACAUGGACUCUGUGCGAAGGUACCUGCAAGGAACCAACUGUAUUUCUGGAGUGUUUGUGCAGUCCACCAAACAGACCAUGAGUAUCUAUGAUGCCAAGUCCAAGGGACUUCUGACUCCUGGAACCUCACUGGUCUUACUGGAGGCUCAGGCUGCUACUGGAUUCAUGAUCGAUCCAGUAAAGAACAAGAAACUUUCAGUGCAGGAAGCAGUGGCUGAAGGAGUUGUAGGAUCUGAAUGGAAGAACAAGCUUCUGUCUGCAGAGAAGGCAGUCACUGGCUACACUGAUCCUCACACUGGAAACAUUAUCUCACUCUUCCAGGCCUUGAAGAAAGAUCUCAUAGUCAAGGAUCACGGCAUUCGUCUUCUGGAAGCCCAGAUUGCCACUGGAGGAAUCAUUGAUCCGGUGUACAGUCAUCGUGUGCCUGUGGAAGUGGCCUAUCAGAGAGGAUACUUUGACGAGGAAAUGAACCAGAUCCUUGAAGACCCAACUGAUGACACCAAGGGCUUCUUUGAUCCAAACACCCAAGAAAAUCUUACGUACUUGCAGCUCAUUGAGAGAUGUGUUAAAGAUCCAGAGACAGGAUUAAGCCUGCUUGUAAUUGCCAAGAAAGGAGAGUUUUACUUCUUCAUUGAUGAGCGUACGAAGAAAAUCCUGAAAACCACGAUGACAAACAAGGCAGGAGGUAAAUUCCAGGGACAAACCGUAUCCCUCUGGGAUCUCUUACACUCUAAAUACAUCACAGAGGAGACAAGAAGAGACCUGGUCCAGCAGUUUAAGUCUGGUAAAAUCACAAUUGAAAGUUUCUUGGAGCAGAUUCUGACAAUUAUCAAGCAGAAGACAACUACUACCACAGAAACCAUCACCAGCACUACCACGACAACCACCACAACAGAAAUGACAGAAACCUUCUUUCCAGGUAUCAAGAAGCAAGUCUCUGCCCAGGAAAUGAUCAAAGCUAAAAUCCUAGACAGCAAAGUUUAUGAAGACUUUAAAGCAGGAAAGCUCACAAAAGAUGACAUCUGCGACAUGGACUCUGUGCGAAGGUACCUGCAAGGAACCAACUGUAUUUCUGGAGUGUUUGUGCAGUCCACCAAACAGACCAUGAGUAUCUAUGAUGCCAAGUCCAAGGGACUUCUGACUCCUGGAACCUCACUGGUCUUACUGGAGGCUCAGGCUGCUACUGGAUUCAUGAUCGAUCCAGUAAAGAACAAGAAACUUUCAGUGGAGGAAGCAGUGGCUGAAGGAGUUGUAGGAUCUGAAUGGAAGAACAAGCUUCUGUCUGCAGAGAAGGCAGUCACUGGCUACACUGAUCCUCACACUGGAAACAUUAUCUCACUCUUCCAGGCCUUGAAGAAAGAUCUCAUAGUCAAGGAUCACGGCAUUCGUCUUCUGGAAGCCCAGAUUGCCACUGGAGGAAUCAUUGAUCCAGUGUACAGUCAUCGUGUGCCUGUGGAAGUGGCCUAUCAGAGAGGAUACUUUGACGAGGAAAUGAACCAGAUCCUUGAAGACCCAACUGAUGACACCAAGGGCUUCUUUGAUCCAAACACCCAAGAAAAUCUUACGUAUUUGCAGCUCAUUGAGAGAUGUGUUAAAGAUCCAGAGACAGGAUUAAGCCUGCUUGUAAUUGCCAAGAAAGGAGAGUUUUACUUCUUCAUUGAUGAGCGUACGAAGAAAAUCCUGAAAACCACGAUGACAAACAAGGCAGGAGGUAAAUUCCAGGGACAAACCGUAUCCCUCUGGGAUCUCUUACACUCUAAAUACAUCACAGAGGAGACAAGAAGAGACCUGGUCCAGCAGUUUAAGUCUGGUAAAAUCACAAUUGAAAGUUUCUUGGAGCAGAUUCUGACAAUUAUCAAGCAGAAGACAACUACUACCACAGAAACCAUCACCAGCACUACCACGACAACCACUACAACAGAAAUGACAGAAACCUUCUUUCCAGGUAUCAAGAAGCAAGUCUCUGCCCAGGAAAUGAUCAAAGCUAAAAUCCUAGACAGCAAAGUUUAUGAAGACUUUAAAGCAGGAAAGCUCACAAAAGAUGACAUCUGCGACAUGGACUCUGUGCGAAGGUACCUGCAAGGAACCAACUGUAUUUCUGGAGUGUUUGUGCAGUCCACCAAACAGACCAUGAGUAUCUAUGAUGCCAAGUCCAAGGGACUUCUGACUCCUGGAACCUCACUGGUCUUACUGGAGGCUCAGGCUGCUACUGGAUUCAUGAUCGAUCCAGUAAAGAACAAGAAACUUUCAGUGGAGGAAGCAGUGGCUGAAGGAGUUGUAGGAUCUGAAUGGAAGAACAAGCUUCUGUCUGCAGAGAAGGCAGUCACUGGCUACACUGAUCCUCACACUGGAAACAUUAUCUCACUCUUCCAGGCCUUGAAGAAAGAUCUCAUAGUCAAGGAUCACGGCAUUCGUCUUCUGGAAGCCCAGAUUGCCACUGGAGGAAUCAUUGAUCCAGUGUACAGUCAUCGUGUGCCUGUGGAAGUGGCCUAUCAGAGAGGAUACUUUGACGAGGAAAUGAACCAGAUCCUUGAAGACCCAACUGAUGACACCAAGGGCUUCUUUGAUCCAAACACCCAAGAAAAUCUUACGUACUUGCAGCUCAUUGAGAGAUGUGUUAAAGAUCCAGAGACAGGAUUAAGCCUGCUUGUAAUUGCCAAGAAAGGAGAGUUUUACUUCUUCAUUGAUGAGCGUACGAAGAAAAUCCUGAAAACCACGAUGACAAACAAGGCAGGAGGUAAAUUCCAGGGACAAACCGUAUCCCUCUGGGAUCUCUUACACUCUAAAUACAUCACAGAGGAGACAAGAAGAGACCUGGUCCAGCAGUUUAAGUCUGGUAAAAUCACAAUUGAAAGUUUCUUGGAGCAGAUUCUGACAAUUAUCAAGCAGAAGACAACUACUACCACAGAAACCAUCACCAGCACUACCACGACAACCACCACAACAGAAAUGACAGAAACCUUCUUUCCAGGUAUCAAGAAGCAAGUCUCUGCCCAGGAAAUGAUCAAAGCUAAAAUCCUAGACAGCAAAGUUUAUGAAGACUUUAAAGCAGGAAAGCUCACAAAAGAUGACAUCUGCGACAUGGACUCUGUGCGAAGGUACCUGCAAGGAACCAACUGUAUUUCUGGAGUGUUUGUGCAGUCCACCAAACAGACCAUGAGUAUCUAUGAUGCCAAGUCCAAGGGACUUCUGACUCCUGGAACCUCACUGGUCUUACUGGAGGCUCAGGCUGCUACUGGAUUCAUGAUCGAUCCAGUAAAGAACAAGAAACUUUCAGUGCAGGAAGCAGUGGCUGAAGGAGUUGUAGGAUCUGAAUGGAAGAACAAGCUUCUGUCUGCAGAGAAGGCAGUCACUGGCUACACUGAUCCUCACACUGGAAACAUUAUCUCACUCUUCCAGGCCUUGAAGAAAGAUCUCAUAGUCAAGGAUCACGGCAUUCGUCUUCUGGAAGCCCAGAUUGCCACUGGAGGAAUCAUUGAUCCGGUGUACAGUCAUCGUGUGCCUGUGGAAGUGGCCUAUCAGAGAGGAUACUUUGACGAGGAAAUGAACCAGAUCCUUGAAGACCCAACUGAUGACACCAAGGGCUUCUUUGAUCCAAACACCCAAGAAAAUCUUACGUACUUGCAGCUCAUUGAGAGAUGUGUUAAAGAUCCAGAGACAGGAUUAAGCCUGCUUGUAAUUGCCAAGAAAGGAGAGUUUUACUUCUUCAUUGAUGAGCGUACGAAGAAAAUCCUGAAAACCACGAUGACAAACAAGGCAGGAGGUAAAUUCCAGGGACAAACCGUAUCCCUCUGGGAUCUCUUACACUCUAAAUACAUCACAGAGGAGACAAGAAGAGACCUGGUCCAGCAGUUUAAGUCUGGUAAAAUCACAAUUGAAAGUUUCUUGGAGCAGAUUCUGACAAUUAUCAAGCAGAAGACAACUACUACCACAGAAACCAUCACCAGCACUACCACGACAACCACCACAACAGAAAUGACAGAAACCUUCUUUCCAGGUAUCAAGAAGCAAGUCUCUGCCCAGGAAAUGAUCAAAGCUAAAAUCCUAGACAGCAAAGUUUAUGAAGACUUUAAAGCAGGAAAGCUCACAAAAGAUGACAUCUGCGACAUGGACUCUGUGCGAAGGUACCUGCAAGGAACCAACUGUAUUUCUGGAGUGUUUGUGCAGUCCACCAAACAGACCAUGAGUAUCUAUGAUGCCAAGUCCAAGGGACUUCUGACUCCUGGAACCUCACUGGUCUUACUGGAGGCUCAGGCUGCUACUGGAUUCAUGAUCGAUCCAGUAAAGAACAAGAAACUUUCAGUGGAGGAAGCAGUGGCUGAAGGAGUUGUAGGAUCUGAAUGGAAGAACAAGCUUCUGUCUGCAGAGAAGGCAGUCACUGGCUACACUGAUCCUCACACUGGAAACAUUAUCUCACUCUUCCAGGCCUUGAAGAAAGAUCUCAUAGUCAAGGAUCACGGCAUUCGUCUUCUGGAAGCCCAGAUUGCCACUGGAGGAAUCAUUGAUCCAGUGUACAGUCAUCGUGUGCCUGUGGAAGUGGCCUAUCAGAGAGGAUACUUUGACGAGGAAAUGAACCAGAUCCUUGAAGACCCAACUGAUGACACCAAGGGCUUCUUUGAUCCAAACACCCAAGAAAAUCUUACGUAUUUGCAGCUCAUUGAGAGAUGUGUUAAAGAUCCAGAGACAGGAUUAAGCCUGCUUGUAAUUGCCAAGAAAGGAGAGUUUUACUUCUUCAUUGAUGAGCGUACGAAGAAAAUCCUGAAAAUCACGAUGACAAACAAGGCAGGAGGUAAAUUCCAGGGACAAACCGUAUCCCUCUGGGAUCUCUUACACUCUAAAUACAUCACAGAGGAGACAAGAAGAGACCUGGUCCAGCAGUUUAAGUCUGGUAAAAUCACAAUUGAAAGUUUCUUGGAGCAGAUUCUGACAAUUAUCAAGCAGAAGACAACUACUACCACAGAAACCAUCACCAGCACUACCACGACAACCACCACAACAGAAAUGACAGAAACCUUCUUUCCAGGUAUCAAGAAGCAAGUCUCUGCCCAGGAGAUGAUCAAAGCUAAAAUCCUAGACAGCAAAGUUUAUGAAGACUUUAAAGCAGGAAAGCUCACAAAAGAUGACAUCUGCGACAUGGACUCUGUACGAAGGUACCUGCAAGGAACCAACUGUAUUUCUGGAGUGUUUGUGCAGUCCACCAAACAGACCAUGAGUAUCUAUGAUGCCAAGUCCAAAGGACUUCUGACUCCUGGAACCUCACUGGUCUUACUGGAGGCCCAGGCUGCUACUGGAUUCAUGAUCGAUCCAGUAAAGAACAAGAAACUUUCAGUGGAGGAAGCAGUGGCUGAAGGAGUUGUAGGAUCUGAAUGGAAGAACAAGCUUCUGUCUGCAGAGAAGGCAGUCACUGGCUACACUGAUCCUCACACUGGAAACAUUAUCUCACUCUUCCAGGCCUUGAAGAAAGAUCUCAUAGUCAAGGAUCACGGCAUUCGUCUUCUGGAAGCCCAGAUUGCCACUGGGGGAAUCAUUGAUCCGGUGUACAGUCAUCGUGUGCCUGUGGAAGUGGCCUAUCAGAGAGGGUACUUUGACGAGGAAAUGAACCAGAUACUCGAUGACCCAACUGAUGACACCAAGGGCUUUUUUGAUCCAAACACAAAAGAAAAUCUUACGUACUUGAAGCUUCUCGACAGGUGUGUCAAAGAUCCAAAGACUGGACUUUCAUUACUGCUUUUAAAGAAGUAGACUAAACAUCUUUAAGCAUCCAAUUUGAAGAGUAAAAUAAUAAAUGUACUGUUUACAUACUUCUGAACAUGACUGUGUCUCUAUGGCAGUCCAGCUAAUUUGGAUAUCUGUGUGGUAAAUCAGGGUAAACAUGAAACUGUGCUCUAAGGCAUCUGGUAGAAGAUUAUUGGUGCUUCAUACAGUUUUAGCUUGUUCUUUAAGGACAGGGGAAAACAAUGCAACAAGAAAGCACUUAAGUACCUUACAUAUAUAUCAACCUUUAUUUUAAACACAUUGUUAUUAGAGUAGAAAUGCUUUUUUGCUUAGCUGCUGAAUCUAAACGAAAUGUUUACUUUAGACUCUUAUUAUACACGCACAUCCUUUGCAUCAACAUUUCUUUCAUAUAUUGCAAUUUAUUCACUUGAGUACAGCAGCUGGCCUUGUUAUUGAGCGAAAAUGUCAUGCCAAAUGGACCAAAAGAAUUUUCAGCAAUAAAAUUUCUUUGCAUUAAAUAUACAA